AUGCAUGAUCCAUCUUUGACGGCUUCGGAACCGAUCGUGACCCAUAAUCAUCAUCAUGUCGAGUCUCGCGGUAGAGUCGUGGACGUGGUACGGACUGACAUGGCUGGUCGUCGUCCUCCGACUGUUAGUGACCACGGACCGGCAGAUGCUCUGCCAUUCCCUGCGGGCCCCUUGCUAACGAACGUCUGUGCCACGCUCCAGCAUCUCCCAGCUUCUUCUGCGGGGGUCGGUGAAGAAGUUGAGGGCCGACGACUGGUUGAUGCUGUUUGCCAUGGUAUGUGCCGUCGGAUGCCCUCGUGGCCACGCCCCGUUCGUUGCCGCGUCACUGACACCGACGAGGUCGCCGACACCGUUCUUGUCGCCUGCAUGAACAUCGUCGUCGGCACCAACAGCAACCUCAUCGAUCCUCGAGAGCAGGCAGCACUGGCACCCGACGAAAUCGAGAGGCGCAUCUUUGGCUCGAAGAUGGUCGUCGUCGUCGAGCAGAUGCAGAUUCUCACGACGUGGACGGUCAAGGCAUGCCUGCUCCUGCUGUACCACCGACUGACGUUCGUACCCUCCAUCCCCCACCGAGCGGCGUGGCGGACGCGGGCGACUGACGGAGCGGGACCUAGGCUGAGCUUGAAGGGCAACCUCCUCGUCAAGGUUGUCGCCGCCUACGUCGCCGCCAGCUUCGUCCUCAUGGAAAUCCUCUACCUCGGCGUCUGGUGCCGGCCGUUUAGCGAGUACUGGGCCGUGCCGCCCGAUAAUCCGCAAUGCUCGGCAGCGACGAACCAUCUGAUCACAAACGCCGUCGUCAACAUCUCGUCGGACAUGGUCAUCAUCAUGAUACCGAUGCCCGUCCUGCUGCGGUCCCGCAUCGCCAUGAAGAAGAAGGUCGUGCUGUGCGCCGUCUUUGCCCUCGGCGGCUUCACCAUCCUCUCGGCCAUCCUGAACAAGUUCUACAGCUUCAGCGAGCCGUACGGGUCGGCUUGGACCUUCUGGUACAUUCGCGAGUCGUCGACAGCCUUGAUCGUCGCCAACAUUCCUUUGACCUGGACCCUCUUCCGGAGGGCCUUUCACCUGCGGUCCUUUGACGAGAGCGGCAACGGUUCCAAGACGCCGGCCGGGCACGCGAACUCGACGGUUCGAUCCCACGCGCAGCGACACAACCGCAACGCAUCCGGCAGCUACAUCAUGGCCGAUGGCGACGGCCCGGACGUGCCGGACGGGCCGUGCUCGGAGCGGUCUGUUGGCCGGGAGGAGAUGGAAAAGGAGUACGGCAUCUCUCUCAAGAUAUACCAACGGCACGACGUCCAGGUCCGCUCCGAGCCGGCCGGGUCGCGUGACGGCUGGGUCGCAUCCAGGACGUCGCCGCCUCCGGGCCUGACGACGACGAUACAGGGGGGUUCGAGAGAGGGCCCUCGAGACGUCGAGACGGCCUCGGUCCGGUCUUCUGGCCCGUUCGGGGGCCCCGUCUCGGUUGCGGUCGCGGUGUAG